CUUACCAUUAAUGGCAAAUACAGAAGUGGAAUAUGUUACGUACAUACAGUAAUUUCAGUCACAAUAGAAACUACAACCAUUAUCACUGGAUGGUUCCUGGCAGUGAUGGGCAUUGUUCGUAUAAGCUGAGACUGAAGCAUCGUUCUUUAACCUUCAUGGAUGAGGUGCGCAGUGACAGGAGGGAGGGAGGUAAACGUGGACGUAAACCUGGAAGGAAGGCUGCUGACAAAGUUGAUAUGAAGGCAAAACUUGAGCGAAGCAGGCAAAGUGCACGUGAAUGUCGAGCAAGGAAGAAAUUACGCUAUCAGUAUCUUGAGGAACUGGUAACUGACCGAGAGAAAGCUGUUAUAGCUUUGCGUAAGGAAUUGGAGAAGUAUCGGUCUUGGGGUCGAGAAAUAGAUGAGGGUAGAGUGCCUGAAGGGAUCCCAGCUAUGCUGGAAGAGCUUGGAGCAAUCAAGCAGGAGAAGUAACAAGAUUAGACUGAUGGCCCGUUUCAGCUUAUAUGAAUUCCAGGUUCAGUUUGUUCUACCAGGAUCUCUUUUUCCUUUGGACCUAUACCAAAGGGCCUGCUUCGGCACUCGUCCUUCCAUCCUUUCCUCAUGUUCAAACCAAUCUUUUCUGUGUCUUCUGGUUGAAAUAAUAUGUAUCAAAAUAUGUUUUUUUCUAAUCAAAUCGCUCGAUGCACACAUUUUAUUUUAUACGUAGUAAUGGUACCCCAUAUUCUAAUUUAAAUGUGUGGUCCCAGGUCUUCCUUGAGAAGUUUACAGUUACUCUGCUGGUCAAAAAGUCCCCCCACUGUCAUCAAACCCAGAAGUUUAUUACCACGUUUAUAAGAGCCCACUAUUAGGCCCUCCCCUCAGCUUGCUGAAUCCAGUCCACUCUCUCCUUCCCUGUUUAUUUUAGGUCUGUUUUAAUAUUGUCCUUCUGUCUAUGGCUAUGUCUCUCAAGUGGUCUCUUCCCUUAUUGUUUCCACAGUAAAAUUUUGUAUGCAUUUCUCAUUUAUCAAACUAUCGUUAAUUAUGCAUAUCCUCAUUUGGUGACAUUCUUCAUCUUCCAAUACAUGUAGGUACAGUCUUAUUGUGAAAACAGUACUUUAAAAAACAUACGUGAAACAUACUUUUAUGCG